GUCGCCGAGCCCUCAGCGGCCGGCGGCGGCGGCCCCCCGGGGCGGUCGAGGCUGCUGGCGGAGCUCCAGCCGCGGAGGCCCCUGCUGCUGCAGGCCGGGCAGCUGGACGCGGCCGUGCGGCAGGAGGUUGCCGCCGCGGAGGCGAUCGACGUGCACACCCACCUGUUCUCCGCGGGCCACGGGGAGGUGUUCAUGCAGUAUGGGAUCGACGACAUGCUGACCUACCACUACCUGGUCGCCGAGCACCUGGCUACGAGCCCCGAGGCGCCGGGCGCCGACGAGUUCUACCAGCUGCCGAAGGCGCGGCAGGCCGAGCUGGUGUGGCGGGGCCUGUUCGUCGAGGCCUCGCCCCUGUCGGAGCAGUGCCGGGGGGUGCUCACCUCGCUGUCGGCGCUGGGCCUGCGCGAGGAGGUGGCCGCCCGGGAUCUGGAGGCGAUACGCCGCUGGUACGCGGGGCAGGACGC